AUGUCUUCACUCGAGGAACAGCUGCUCGGUCUACGAGAUUGCAUCCAGAACAAGCCUCCGUACUGCAGCGGAACCCUCAAGCUUCCUUCAGAAGACUUUCUGCUGUACUACGGAAAGGGCGACGACGUUCGGCGGAUCGAUCUUUCCACGGCGACGGAGGAGAGUGCGAAGCACCUGGCAGAGUCCUGCGACUCUGCGACGUUCGGGUUGAACAACCAGGACGUCCUGGACGAGUCGUACAGGAAGGCAGGCAAGCUCGACAGGAAGCAUUUCUCCCCAGCAUUCGACCUAGCGAGCACGGGCCUCCUCGGUAUUAUCGAGACCGAGUUGAUCGAACGGAACAAAGAAAGUCCCUCUAUCCGCGCCGAGCUCUACAAGCUGAACGUCUACGGGCCUGGCUCAUUCUUCAAGGCUCAUCAGGAUACGCCCAGAAGCACGGACAUGUUCGGCUCGCUCGUCGUCGUGUAUCCCACUGUCCACGAGGGAGGCGCUUUGGUGCUCCGCCACGGAGGCAAGGAGUGGACCUUCGACUCGUCAAGGAUCAUCGCAGACCAGAAGGAGCCACGCCUCGCGUACAUCGCUUUCUUCAGCGACGUCGAGCACGAGGUCCUCCAGGUGCAAUCUGGGUAUAGGAUUACGAUCACCUACAACCUCUAUUACAACUCGCCACAGCCUUCCGACCUUCCAGUACGCCCGUUGACUUUCGAGUCUUCUCUGAAGGCCGCGUUGCAGCAUCUGCUCGAUGACCCCACGUUUCUACCCGAGGGUGGCCACCUCGGAUUCUGCCUCAGUCAUCAGUACCCGGUCGAGAGCGAUCGCGGUGCCGGGGCCAAGGCGCUGUCUGAAGUGUCUGGUAUGCUCAAGGGUAGCGACGCUUCGCUUGCGAGCGUCUUCACCGCUCUGGGUCUCCGUUCGCGACUUGAAUUCGUGGUAGAAGACAACGAAGUGUGGAUCGAAAGUGAGGAGGGCGGCUCCACGCACAUGAUCGCAUAUGUGUUGUUCGAUGAGUAUGCUCCCGACAUCGAGGAGACGACGGUGGAAAGCCAACUCUUCGAAGUCUUGCGAGAUAUAGGCGGCAAACUUGCGACCCGGAUCCCACCUCUGUACCCAGGCCGCAACGCGAUCGAGCCUGCCGUGCAUGUGCACUGGGUCGUGUCGCCGAGCAGCAACACUGGCUUCAAGUUCAAGACCCGCUACCUGACGUACGGGAACGAAGCGUUGCCCGGCAUGCAGUAUACCCAUUUGUGCAUUCUGGCAGAUGUAGGGGACUCUAGUGAAAGGCGCCGUAGCUGGUACUCACGAGUAGGGGCUCGUCGUUGA